GAAGAAGACAUUAGGACACGUGACGUAGGAGAUUUUCUAAAAUGGCUACGCUAGUCGUGCUGUAAACAGACGUGAAAAUCAACACUGGAUUUCUAAAUAGUUAAUAUUUUCCUAUAUUCUGUUGCACACCAGGGAACGUUAGUUUACCCCAGAAACCAUGCCUGAAGAAGUCGAAGCCGAAGCCGGUCAGGCAGGCGGCGAGGGGGUGGUGGGUCUGGAGGAACCGAAGAAGAUGACCCGGGAGGACUGGAGGAAGAAGAAGGAGCUAGAAGAACAGAGGAAGUUGGGAAAUGCCCCCGCUGAAGUGGACGAGGAGGGAAAGGACAUCAAUCCUCACAUCCCCCAGUACAUCUCAUCUGUGCCCUGGUACAUCGACCCCUCUAAGAGGCCGACUCUUAGGCAUCAGAGGCCCCAGGAGGAGAAUGAGAAGCAGUUCUCCAGCAUAGGAGAGUGGUACAAGAGAGGGGUGCAGGAGAAAUCUGUGAGUACCAAGUUCCGUAAGGGUUCCUGUGAGAACUGCGGCGCCAUAACACACAAGAAGAAAGACUGUUUGGAGCGGCCCAGGAAGGUGGGGGCCCAGUUCACUGGGACGGGCAUGGCGCCUGACGAGCACAGCCAGAUCUCCCUGGAUCUGGACUACGACGGAAAGAGGGAUCGCUGGAAUGGCUAUGACCCUGAGGACCACACCCGCAUCGUGGAGGAGUACGCUAAAGUAGACCUGGCCAAGAGGACGCUGAAAGCCCAUAAGCUUCAGGAGGAGUUGGCCACAGGGAAGAUGGUAGACCAAGCGAACUCCUCCAGAAACCAGUGGGGAGAUGAUGAACACACACAAGAGCGUGAGCACAACAGCGAGGACGAGGAUGAAGACAAGUACGCUGACGACAUCGACAUGCCCGGGCAGAACUUUGACUCCAAGAGACGAAUCACAGUCAGAAACCUGCGAAUCAGAGAAGACAUCGCGAAGUACCUGAGAAACCUGGACCCCAACUCUGCCUACUACGACCCCAAGACCCGCGCCAUGAGGGAGAACCCCUACUCCAACACGGGCAUGAACCCUGACGAAGUGGGCUAUGCGGGAGAUAACUUUGUACGAUAUUCGGGAGACACCAUCACCAUGGCUCAGACACAACUGUUUGCGUGGGAGGCCUAUGACAAGGGCUCUGAGGUGCACCUCCAGGCCGACCCCACCAAACUGGAACUGCUUCACCAGUCCUUCAAGGUCAAGAAGGAGGACUUCAAAGACCAGCAGAAGGAGACCAUCCUGGAGAGGUACGGCGGCGAGGAGCACCUGGACGCCCCCCCCAGAGAGCUGCUAUUGGCCCAGACGGAGGACUACGUGGAGUACUCUCGCCAUGGCGCCGUGCUGAAGGGCCAGGAGAAGGCCGUGGCGCGCUCCAAGUACGAGGAGGACGUGCUCGUCAACAACCACACGUGCAUCUGGGGUUCGUUCUGGAGGGAAGGCUACUGGGGCUUUAAGUGCUGCCACUCCAUGGUCAAACAGAGCUACUGCACCGGGCAGGCCGGGAUCCAGACCGCGACCAGCUCGGCAUGUGUUCCGUUUGAGGAGAGGCUGGAAGAGCCAGUGGAGGAGGAGGAGGAGGAGCCUAAGACUCUGCUGGAGAUGCACCGAGAGAAGAUGAAGGACAAGAAGAAGAAGAAGAAGAGCAAGAAGAACAAGAAGAAACACGACUCUGACAGCAGCGACUCUGAGGAUGAGGAGAAGAAGAAAGAGAAGCUGAAGAAGGCCCUGUUGGCGGAGGACAAGCGCCUGAAGCAGGUGGAGGUCCUGCUGCAGGUGGAUGAGAGGAAGAGGCCCUACAACAGUCUGCUGGAGGUGAAGGAGCCCACGGAGGAGGAGAUGGAGGCCUUCAGGAUGAAGCGCUGCCGGCCGGAUGACCCCAUGGCCAACUUCUUCAACUAGUGACACCGCAUGGAUGGAUGGACGGACGGACUGACUGACUGACUUUCACACACACAUGCAGUGCACCUCACCUCUCCCCUUAACCACACAUUACAGCUAGUCUACAACUGAUUCCCUCUCAAUGUAAAAUUGAUUUUCUUUCUUGAGUCAGUGUCUGGGAAACUGGGCCUUCUGCCUUUAGAUAGUCAACCACACUUUCAACCCACACAACAGAUAAGGCUAGUCCAGUCAAAACCCAACCAUGACUGCAGCCUGUCAGAUCUCUAAUCGAUCAUUUUAGUGAACGUUUUUAUAAAGUGUGGUCAAAUAUAUUUUUCCGUGUUUGUAAAUAACGGCGUAGGAUGCCUUGUUAAUCUGAUUUAAAAGAGCUGAUUCACGUCUGUACACGGUGCCUGGCCCAGUGCUAUGGUUUUUGGUGGAAUAAAAACAUUUUAUAAGUAA